UCCAUAAAACGCGUACAAUUCCAUCGCAGAAUAAAAUCGUUAUACUCAAAGAUAAACCGCUAUAAUGCACUAUCUUAAUAAACCCCUGUUUCUGGGCUUGACCGGCGGUAUACAACCCGAAUCUCACGGCGCAGAUUCUGUCACCCCACUAAAAGAGUCCUGCACAGUGGCUUCCCGGAGUUUUCGUGAGCCCCAUGCCCCGCAAAUUUUCGGCCCCCUUCUAUAAAUACCCCUCCCCUAACUCAAUUGCUUUUUCAAAUCACCCACACUCAUUGCCGCUCACACCACCACAAUGUCCAUUAAAAUCAUCCCCACCACCGCCUUCUUGGACCAGAAGCCUGGCACGUCCGGGCUUCGCAAGAAGGUUACCGUGUUCCAGCAGCCACACUAUACCGAGAACUUCAUCCAGGCCAUCCUCGAGUGCAUCCCUGAGGGGGUGCAUGGCGCCACUCUCGUGGUCGGAGGCGACGGCCGCUACUACAACGACAAGGUUGUGCAGUUGAUUGCCGAAAUCGGUGCGGCCAAUGGCGUCCGCAAGCUCAUCAUUGGGCAGCACGGGAUUCUUUCGACACCAGCGACGUCGCACGUGAUCCGCACACACGCUCCAGGAAUCACCGGGGGGAUUAUCCUCACGGCCCUGCACAACCCCGGUGGCCCGCAGAACGAUCUCGGGAUCAAGUACAACCUCGCGAACGGGGGACCCGCACCGGAAUCCGUCACCGACAAGAUGUAUGCCGCGUCGCGCGCGCUCACCUCCUACAAGCGUGUUGACUUGCCGCUCGUGGACCUUGCGACCCUUGGCACCCGGGCCUACGGUGCGUUGGAGGUCGAGAUCAUCGAUUCCACCGCCGCGUACACCGCGAUGUUGAAGGAAAUUUUCGACUUCAAAUUGAUCAAGGAGUUUAUUGCCAAGCGCUCGCCGGAGGGCUUUGAGAUGUUGUUUGAUGCGCUCAACGGGGUCACCGGGCCAUAUGGUCGCGCGGUGUUCGUGGAUGAGCUCGGCCUCCCGGAGCUGGCGAUCCAGAACUGUGUCCCGCUUCCGGACUUUGGCGGGUUGCACCCGGACCCCAACCUUGUGUAUGCCAAGACCUUGGUGGACCAGGUUGAUGCGAGAAAAAUCGCGUUUGGCGCCGCUUCCGACGGUGACGGUGACAGAAACAUGAUUUACGGGUACGGCGCGUUUGUGUCUCCGGGGGAUUCUGUUGCUAUCAUUGCGGAGCACGCAGACGCGAUUCCCUACUUUCGUAAGACCGGCACGCGCGGUCUCGCGCGCUCUAUGCCAACAUCCGGUGCGCUCGACCGCGUCGCACGCGCGCAGGGGGUCGAGUGCUACGAGGUGCCGACCGGCUGGAAGUUCUUCUGUGCAUUGUUUGACGCCAAGAAGUUGUCCAUCUGUGGUGAGGAGAGUUUCGGUACCGGAAGUGACCAUAUCAGAGAGAAGGAUGGCUUAUGGGCGAUCGUCGCGUGGUUGAACGUGCUUGCGGCGUACGACGCAAAGACCCCAAACUUGCCUAAGGGCGGCGCCACCAUCAAAAUCGUCCAGGAGGCGUUCUGGAAGAAGUAUGGCAGAACGUUCUUCACUCGGUACGACUACGAGGGCGUUAAUUCCGACGGUGCUAAUGAAGUUAUCGCUCGGUUGGAACGCAAAAUCGCGUCUGCCGAUUUUGUGGGCUCCGAGAUCUCUGGUGUCAAGGUUACCGAGGCUGGGAACUUUUCGUACACCGACUUGGACGGCUCCGUGUCUGCCAAGCAGGGCUUGUACGUGAAGUUGGCCAACGGUGGCAGAUUUGUGAUCCGUCUCUCCGGUACCGGUUCCCUGGGCGCCACUGCCAGGUUGUAUGUUGAGAGACACUCGGGCAACGAGAAGGACUAUGUCUUGGACACCCAAGACUUCUUGAAGGGUGAUGUGAAGGCUGUAGUUGAGUUUCUCCAGUUCAAGCAGUUGCUUGGGAGGGACGAACCGGAUGUGAGAACGUAGGUUUCAUUUGUGUGUAUUUUGCAUGUGACUAUUUCCAGGUUAUUUUGUAGAUGUGAGGUGAGUCCGAGGGAAGGCUAGACAGGGUAUCUCAUCAAACUUAUGGCCCACCCAUUACUGAUACUGAAUCAUGUACUGAAGUUAUCCAAUUAUCUGUGUCUGGAGUUACCUAAUGAUUUGUGUUUGGUAUGUAUCGAGAGUUAACAACCGGAGGACUUGUAACCUAUUCCCCUGUGUAUAGACAGAUUCUACUUCCACCUUUGCUAUUUUACUUAUAAGCAUCCUCUUACCCCUUGAACAGCCAUUAAGUGAUAUUACAAACAUUCCUCCAAGCUGGAAAAGCAAAGGAAAACUCUG